GUGGCGGCGCCCUCUCCCUGGCCAAGAUGUCAAGUAUUAACCCGGAGGGGCAGAUCUGCAGCCGCCGCCGCUCUGAACUCCUCCUGGGCGCAUUAAGCUCGGGUUGCUGGCUGCGGGAUCCCGGCGCCCCUUGGCUGCUGCGCCGCCGCCGCUGGGGACCUUUGCAAGAAGCACCGUCAGCAGCGGGCUCCUCGCCGCCGCUCCAGCCGGCGCCUGCAAGGUGCUGCUGCUGCUGCUGCUCUUGCUGCGGGAGGCUGAUUCCGAGAGCGCAACUUGCAGCCUGGGAAAGGGAGCCGCCGCCGCUGCUCCUGCUGCUGCCGCCGCCGGCUGAGCGCGUCGCCGCCGCCAGCACCAUGCCGGCUAUCAAGAGGGAGCGCCCGGACCGCGAGGAGCUGGCGCUGGCCGCCUUCAACCAGCCCAUGGAGACCUUGCCCGAUUACCUGGUCCCCUUGGCGGCCGCCGCCAUCCCCGUGGUGACCCCCCACCCGCCCGCCUACGAGCAGAUCUUCGCCACCGCCGCCCACCACCAUCACCAGCACCAGCAGCGCGCCUACCUGGACUUCCACGCCGCCGCCGCCCACCCGCACCCCCUCCCGGAGGACCUGAUGCUGGAGCGCUUCUCCUCCAUCCCGGAUUUCCAGCCCUUCUUUGACAACGGCGAGCCGUGCAUCGAGGUCGAGUGCGGCGAGAACAAGGCGCUGCUCUACAUCAAUAAGUUGUGCCAGGGCAGCAAAGGGCCCUCCAUCCGCUACCGGGGCGAGUGGCUCACCCCCAACGAGUUCCAGUUCGUCAGCGGCCGGGAGACCGCCAAGGACUGGAAGAGGAGCAUCAGGCACAAAGGGAAAAGUUUGAAGACUCUUAUGUCCAAAGGAAUCUUACAGGUACAUCCUCCAAUCUGUGAUUGCCCUGGGUGUCGAAUUUCGUCUCCAGUGAAUCGGGGCCGCCUGGCUGAGAAGAGGACAAUCCCCUUGCCUCCUACCAGGACCGCAAAGAAAGAGCUGCCCUCCAUUUUCUCCCAUAGUGACGACAGUGAGGAAAGCGACAAGGUCAACGGCCACCACCCUGAUGUCAAACAAGAGGAGGAUUUGCAUAUUAGUAUCAUGAAAAGAAGGAUACACGCACAUUGGGAUCUGAACAUCUCUUUCCGUGAGACCUCUUGCAGCCGGGACAACGACCUCACCUCCUUCAUCUCCAACCUCCACCAGAGCCGCCAGCUCGUUAUGCCAGAGACCCAGAACCGGUGCGAAUUCAAGAGAAGCAGCUUGGAUGUUGGCUUGGGAGCAGCAGAUGAAGUUUUAGGCAAGAGAAGAGCGUGUUCACCCAACAGCAACAGCGAGUGUCCCCUGGAAAGCAAGAAAUCUCGCAGCGAGUCCCCAAAAGAAAAUUCCCACACUCCCUUGCUAGAGGGCGCCGUGACUCAGAUGACCCCGGAGGAGCACUAUAGGAGGAUGAUGUCGGCCCUCAACGAACACGGCACCUUCGAGGAGCAGCAACAGCAGCGUCUCUACCAGUUGGCCAACAGCAUGGCACUUCCCAGCCACGGCGAUCUCCUCCGGGCGCGGCAAGAAGUAGCAGCAGCGGCCGCAGCGCGCAACUCCGGCACCAUGGAGGCGCACCUCCCUUCUGCCAGCAACUCGUCCAGCCAGCGUAGAAAGCAGGGCCUUCCCCAGCACCGGGAUUCACACUUCGCCGAGAGGGAGAUGUCCCAUCCACCCCCUCUUCUGUCGCCUCAAAAUGCUCCUCAUAUUGCAUUGGGACCACACUUGAGACCCCCCUUUUUAGGGGUGCCUUCAGCUUUGUGCCAGACGCCAGGUUACGGGUUUCUACAGCCAGCCCAGGCAGAGAUGUUUGCACGGCAACAGGAGAUGCUGAGGAAACAGAACCUUGCCAGGCUUGAGAUGUCAGCGGAGAUCCUUCGGCAGAAGGAGCUGGAGAACCUCCAUCGCCAGCGGCUACUGGCCAGCGAGCCAAUGAGCUUGCACCCGGGGCUGCCGCCGGAUCACCCGGCCUUGCGCAACGUCCAUGAUAUCCCCGAGGGCCACCCGCUCCGAGAUGAGCUCUCGCGGAGGAAUGCCAUGUUGGUCCUCCGCCAUAACAACACCCCGCUCUUGUCACUAAACCACCACGGGGUCCCCAGCGCCUCCACAACCCCGCCCAAGGAGCAGGGGAGCAGAAGGGGUAGCCGGAAGUCUGCGCACCACCGGGCUGAGGCGCCAGGCCAGAGCGAACCCAAAGAGCUGUCUGAAAGCCGCCCUCCUGACGGCAACGACGAGGAGAUGAAGGACUCUGAGAGUGACGCCGACGUGAGCGACGAGAAGCCGGACGGCAUGAAGGCUGAGAGCAGUGGCUUGGCUGGCGAGCUCAAAGAGUGCAAAGAGGCAGCGAAAGCCUGCGACGGGGCCAAAGAACUGAGCGAUUUGUCAGCUGGCCAGAGCGCCCCUUGCAGCUCCUCCAGCGCCGAGUCGCCCAGCCAUCUCCUUGGCCCAGUCAUCAACAAAGCCGAGGCAAAGUAUCUCCCGCCAGCCUCCCUUCCACCACCUCAGCCGAUGCCAUUCGGCUUUCCGUACACCGUCAGCCCCUAUUUCCACGCAGGCACCAUGGGAGGUCUCUUUUUGGAUGGCGAAGAGAGCCCGGCCUUGGAGGACGUCAGCAAGUGGACAGUGGAGGACGUCUGCAGUUUUGUGGGCGGAUUGUCCGGCUGCACCGAGUACACUCAGGUCUUCCGGGAACAGGCCAUAGAUGGCGAGACGCUGCCCCUCUUGACGGAAGAGCACUUGCUGAAUAACAUGGGGCUGAAACUGGGCCCAGCGUUAAAGAUAAGGUCACAGGUUGCCAAGAGAGUCGGCCGGGUGUUGUACAUGGCCAGCUUCCCUAUGGCUUUUCCGCUUCAGCCGCCGGGGUUUCGACCCACAGACCGCGACUUGCCUCCUGCUGACCUCCGCCCGUCCUCGACAGGAAGUGUGGCCUCCUCUCCUUACAACAGCGCUCUCCUCCCUACCAGUCGUAUCUCACCAAAGCAGGAAAACGGAAACCCCUUAUUGGCUGGCCUCAAUGACACUCCAAAACCGCCCUCUUAACUGGCCAGCGCCGGCCGGCCAGCCUCUCUCCCCCACCACUUGGGCGUCCCAGAACUGGAACCGAGGGACAUGCAGAAGGGCCGUGGUGGUCUUGAAAUAAUGCAUUCAAACUUUGAGGUUUUAAGAGGGGGAGUGUUGGGGGGACGGGGGAAGAAGACGUGUAAUCCAAAGAUUUCUUGGAAGCAAUUUGAAAGGGACAUCAUGCUUUUUGGAGGAAAGGAACUUUGGGCUUUUUCUUUGCUGCCUUUACAGAAAUGCAACUUUGGGGAACAGACCCUCAAAUCCCUUCUUCCCUUCGCUACCCCUCCCUGGGAACUCUUUCCUUCUGAACUGCCUCCCUCACUGGAACCUGUACAAACAGUCCCACUUUCAGGGUGUCUAUGCAUUGCUAACAACUUUGAAAACCAUACCAAAGACAGACGAACUGAUCCAACAAUGCCCCACAUUCUGGUCCCCUGUUUACUUCAGUUUGGAUGGUACGGCACAGCCAGCUCUGUGGGGUAUAGUUUUUUUGUGUACUCUUUUCCUUUUUUUAAGAAAAUAUUUGCAUUUUCAUGGGUUUGCUGCUUAAACAUUUGCAGAGUGACUGUGAAGGGUCCCCUCUUCGCUGGGCACUGUGUGGACUUGUUUUACAGAAGAUGAUGAUAAUACAGCUUUGGGGAGGGGGAACAGAUGAGUGAGGAGUGUGGAAGAAAAGGGAGGCUGAGAUUCUUCCCCCCCUCCUUUUAAACUGUGUGUGUACAGAAGAUGUGCAUCUCCAUCUGUAUCUUGUUUUGUGGGUGGGGAGUGCACAUGUGGCUAUUUUGUGGGGGCAGGCAGGGCAGGGGGGGAGAGGAAAGAGUCUUUUAUUGCAGAGGAAAUGGAGUUGCACAUUUUUACCUGGUCCCGUCCCCCCAGCCAGGUAACAGGUACCUGAGCGGGCCCUUCGGGGCAGGGAGCUCAUGCCAGCCAUUGACCAACCUUGCCAUACCCCCCCCCUUGCAAUUUGUAUAGUGGUGGAAAACAAUCAUGUGAUUGAUGCUUGUUUGUCUUUCUCUCUCUCUCGGCUUGUGCCCCUUCUGUUUUGAAAGCACCUGCACGCUCAACUAUUUUUGUUUCUCAAUGACUUUUUUUUUGUGGAAAAAAUCAAUCUGAGAUUGCUCGCUGGUGGUACCUUAAGCUUCUUUAUAUAUAUAUGGUCAUUAUCCAUCACAUCAAGGCCAAUGCUUUCCAGCAAAUCGAUUUAAAUAACAACAAUAAAAAAGAAAUCACUUAAUUUAUAAAAUGGUUGUUCCACAGGCCGCCUAUGUACUUAAAAAGGGGAGGGGUAACCUCUUCCUGAAGGAGAGUCUUGCAAC